UUGGAAAUUGUUCCGUCAAAAAUUGACUAUAAAAGGAAUGAUAGGCGAUCGUUUAACAGUGAACUUGCUUCUAGCAGCUCAAUCAUGUCUGCUUGGUUCUCCGUCGCCACUGGCGCCGCUCUUAUCAGCACUGUUGCUGUCCUCAUUGCCAUGGGAUCUUUGGUAUCCGACAUCAACACACUCUACAGUGAGGUUAUGCACGAAAUGGAUGACUUCAAGACCAUCUCUGAUGAUACUUGGGGAAUGAUCCUCCGCAAAUCUCCAGUCGGAACUACUCAAGCCCGCAUUCUCUUUGGAAGAAACAAGAGAUCUUACGAACAAUGCAACUGCGGACAGCAAUCCCGCGGAUGCCCAGCUGGACGCCCAGGACCUCCAGGACAACCAGGAGAGAACGGACACCCAGGAGAGGAUGGAGCCCGUGGACAACCAGGACACUCUGGAGCUUCCCUCAUCUUCAGCAAGGACGGAGGAAUGGGAUGCAUUAAGUGCCCAGCUGGACCACCAGGACCCUCAGGAGAACAAGGACCAGCCGGACCUGCUGGACGUCCAGGACAACCCGGAAGACAAGGACCAGCUGGAAACCCAGGACGCGAUGGAGCUCCAGGAAAUGCUGGAGAACCAGGACGCGAUGGAUUCCCAGGACGUGAUGGAGCCCCAGGAGAGCCAGGACGUGACGGAGUCUCCCACACCCCAGGAGCCCCAGGACGUGAUGGAGCCCCAGGACGUGACGGAGCCCCAGGAGCCCCAGGACAAAGCGGACAAGAUGGCAAGCCAGGAUUCGCUGGAAGACCAGGAUCUGCUGGACGCCCAGGAAACGAUGGACUCCCAGGAGGUGAUGGACAACCAGGUGCCCCAGGAAGUGACGGAGCUCCAGGAUCUGAUGCUGGAUACUGUCCAUGCCCAGCCCGCAACAGCAACUACCGCUUCGGAAACAACAACAAUGAUCAAUUUGUCAACAACAACAACAACGACAACUACGGAGAUAACUACUGGAGAAAGCACUAA